AUGCCCCUCACCACCUCCAUCCCGCUCCCCCAAACCUUCACCCACACCACCGCAACACACAGCUAUCAGGUCCACUAUACAACUCUCGGCUCUCCCUCCUCCCCGCCUUUAAUCUUCAUUCACGGCACCCCAUGGUCCUCUUUCGUCUGGGCCACCCACGCCCGCGCCCUCGCGCUCCAUUUCCAUAUCCAUCUCUUCGAUUGUCCCGGCUUCGGCACCAGCCCGCCCGGCACUCCCCUCCCGCACACCAGCAUCACGCCUGAAACUGCACUGGACUCAGACCUCGCCGAGCAGACACGUGUAUUUGCUGCACUGUACGCCCACUGGGCCCGGGCAUGGGGCGGCGCAGCGCCACACGUAGUUGCACACGAUGUCGGCGGGCUGUUGGCGCUGCGGGCGGUGCUGAUGCACGGAUGUGCGCUUGCGAGUCUGUGUCUCGUAGAUGUUGUUGCGGUAGGGCCGUUUGAAACACCGCUUUUCAAGCUGAUUGCGGCGCAUGAGGGUGUGUUUGGCGCGCUACCGGGGCCUAUGUUUGCCGGCGUUGUGGAGGGGUAUAUUCGGGAGGCAGCGUGGGCGGAGAUCGGAACGGAGGUUAUGGAGGCGUUGAAAAAGCCAUGGAUACAGAAUGAUCAGGGGCGGAUGGGAUUUCUGAGACAAAUGGUGCAGGCGAGUCGGCGGAGUGUGGAAGAGGUCGAGGAGCAGUAUGGGAAGGUGGGGGAGAAGAUGCCGGUUAUGGUGAUUUGGGGGGCUGAGGACCAGUGGUUGCCAGUGGAAACAGCGUCAAGGGUGAAGGAGAAGGUGCAAGCACGGGAGAUGGUGUUGAUUGAGGGAGCUGGACACUUGGUGAUGUAUGAUCAGCCAGAGAGCUUUGGGGUGGAGUUGACGUGGUGGUUGAAGAGUGUGGGUUGA